AUGGAAAAUACCCGUGAAAAUCUAUGUGUAAGAUAAAAGUGAAAAUCUUCUUAAUUUUGUGCUCGUAUAAAUGUAAUUGAAAAACGGAUUUUAAACAACAUAGAAAUUUGUCCAUCGAAGUAAGAGCUGCAUUUUAGGAAUUUUUGAAACCUUUGGUAUCAAAAUAUAAUUUGAAAUUACAUUUGAUAUCGCAAUAUAUUAGUGUAAAUAUAUUAUACUUUCUGUCAUUAACAUUUUAUAAUUUAAUAAAUUGACACUGUAAUGUAUUUAUAUUUAAUAAUAUAACCAAUACUUGCUAUAUUUAUUAUUAUUUAUUAAUAUGCUAUAUUUAUUAUUAUUUAUUAAUAUCACUACAAUAUAUUUAAAUAUCAAUUGAUAUUAAAAUAUAUUAAUUGUAUUAUUACAUCAACGAUAUAUUAACAUUGCAUUCAAUAAAAACACUUUAUUGGAUAUUUUACAUAUUUUUAUACGUUGCACAUAUAUUAUAUCAAUAUUUACCAUUGAUAUUAAAAUACAUGACAUCGACAAUACAUUAAUUACAUUGCAACAAACUUUAUUGGACAAUUUUACAUAUUUUUAUAUUUAUACUCGCAUAUUUUUCACAUUUCUUUCUCACAGGUUUCUUUCAAUCGAAUUCUUUAGUCAUUGUGCUAUUUAUGUAUUUGGUAAAUGUAAUCAAUAUUAAUUGAUGUAGUGAAUGAGAUAUUAAAUAUGUGACAGGUAAAAAUAUGUGUAUAAUAAACGAUAUAGUGUAAUAAAUAAAUAUAAAUGUAUAUAAUAAAUUAUAAUAUAUCAAAUAUACAAUAUACUAUGUUAUUAAUCUUACAUACAAUAUACUAUGUUAUUUAUUUAUUGCUUAUUGCUUGUUUAAUGCAUUAUUUACUGUAUGUGUAUAUAAUUGCGUAUAUAAAUUGCGUCCAGUUAUAAAAUUCAGACGACGUCGAUUCGUUGAUAGGUAUCUCUGUGCACGAACUAGUUUCUUUGGAAUUACUGUUAGUUACUGUAAAAUCUCCAAUUGUAUGCACAAUGUGUCCAGCUAUAACAAAAUGGACAGGUUGCGAGCGUUAUGUCUUUUCUGUCAUAGUUUUCUGUUAUUCUUUUUUUUUUUAUCGGUACUUUUCAGCGGAAUAAUUUAAAUUCGAGGCAUCUUUACCGAUGUAUUAUAAGCAGGCUUAUCAAUAGUCCUUGCUCUAUCGUAAUAAUUAAUUUUUAUUAAAGAUCGAGCAAUAUUUGUCACGAAAUAUUUUGCAAUUGUAAACUCUGAGAGAACGUGAAUAAGGAAGGUAAAUUUCACAAAUGUGAUUAAAAGAUCAAGAAAUUUGAUAACGUAGACUUUUGAAAAAGAAGAACUGCAAACUAACGCUGAACGUUUAACAAGCUAAUGCAAUGAGUAAGUUUACUUUUCGCAAACAAAAAAAAGCAAUUACCAAAUUGGUUGAAUAUAUAUUAAUUUAGAAGACAUCGUGAUGUUGCUUUUCAUAACGUGCAAAUUCAUUGUUCUCAUGAGUAUAAGUUGAGUAUAAUUUCACUCUCUAAUAAAAUUCUGAAUUAUCUCGUAUCAUUAAUUUGUCUUCUAAAUAUUUUUCUAGUGUCAUUUAUUAUGUACAGUAGAACUUCGUCUAUGUGAACUUGUCGGAUAACAAAUGGUUUGUAUAACAAAAUUUUUCCCUCUGCUAGUAUAUAAUAUAAUAUAGCAAUAUACCAUAAAUAUUAUAUAAUAUACUAUACUAUACUGUAUAGUAAUAGUAAUAAUAUACUUAUAUAAUAUAUCGUGUAUUGUAUACUUGUAUAGUAUAUAUAACUUGUCGGAUAACAAAUGGUUUGUAUAACAAAAUUUUUCCCUCUGCUAGUAUAUAAUAUAAUAUAGCAAUAUACUAUACUAUAAAUAUUAUGUGACAUACUAGACUAUACUAUAUAGUAAUAGUAAUAAUAUACUUAUAUAGUAUAUUUGUAUAGUAUAGUGACGAUCCAAUGACUGAUCUAAUAACCAGAUUAUAAUUUGUCCAACUAUAAAUAUAUUUCUUAGAUUCUCUGAAGAAAAAUUCGUAUACAUAUCUGUAUGAUGAUUUCUAGAUGAUGAAUUGCAGAUAUAUUUAUAUAAUACUCAUUAUAUUUCUAUAUUUCUAUAUGUAUCGAUAUUAUUUUCAUGAAGAAAGAUAGAACAUAUUACUAUAUAAUACUAUUAGUAUUAUUUUAUUACAGUUGCGAACUAUAUUAUGUUAUAUUAAUAAUAUUCUGUUUCGAAAAUCCAAAUCCUGGCGUGUACUGCCGGUUUGAUUGAAAGUUUGAUUGAAACAAACGAAGUUCUACCGUGCUGCAUUUAACCGUUCCAUUAAAAUGAUUCACUUUAUCUAAUGGUUGUUGGUCCUAGAUGUGGAACAACCUGACGUGCGUGGACGAUUUCCUAAACCGAGCGUUUCACAAACUGGGCUUGGUGGUUGGCCGGCAUCCCGGCUACUUCGUGAUAGUUCCGGUUCUCCUGGCUUGCAUCUGCUUCACCGGAUACCAGAGGAUCCAUUACGAGAUAGACCCGGAAUAUCUCUUCUCACCGACAAAUGGCCCGAGCAAGAUGGAAAGGGCGAUCGUCGAGCAGUACUUCAAGGUCAAUUACAGCCACAAAUUCAACCUCGGCCGCAUCACCAGGCCAGGUCGAUUCGGUCACGUGAUUAUUACGUCGAAGGACGGGAACGAGAAUUUGCUGAGAACAGCGGUGUUCGAUGAACUUAGACAGCUGGACAAGGAGAUCAGGAACACGAAAGCCACCUACGAAGGCGAGCAGUUCACCUACAGUCAGAUCUGUGCCAAAUGGUUGGACACGUGUUUCAACAACGACAUUCUGGACCUACAUCAUGUCAUAGAGGAUGUGGAGAAGAGGGAGCUGAACCUGACGUUCCCUGUGACAUUGAACCCCAUCACCUGGGACAUCCACCUGCUACCAGUCUAUUUCGGAGGUAGCGUUAUCAACGAGGACCUGAUCAUCGAGUCUGUGCCCUCCAUGCAACUGGCGUACUUCCUCACAGCCGAUAAUGCUCGUCAGGAUGCGAUUGGAGCAGCCUGGGAAGAAGCGUUUCUCGAAACGCUGAGGAGAGUGGAGGAAGGGAACAUGUUCAAGCACAUCGCCACCGCCAGAUUCGCUUCAAGGACGCUGGAACUGGAACUGGAGGAGAACACGAAGACCAUAGUGCCUUAUUUCUCCAGCACGUUCAUCCUCAUGGCUCUGUUUUCCGUGGUGACGUGCAUGAUGACCGACUGGGUGCGUAGCAAGCCGUGGCUGGGUCUCCUCGGGAACGUUUCUGCGGCGAUGGCAACGGUUGCAGCGUUUGGCCUCUGCAUAUACUUGGGCGUCGACUUCAUCGGCCUGAAUUUGGCCGCACCGUUCCUCAUGAUCGGUAUCGGGAUCGACGACACGUUCGUCAUGUUAGCGGCUUGGAGACGAACGAGCAUAAUGAAACCGGUGCCUGAAAGGAUGGCCGCGACUCUCAGCGAGGCUGCCGUCUCCAUCACUAUCACAUCCUUGACUGAUAUGAUAUCGUUCUUCAUCGGCAUCCUCUCACCUUUCCCCUCUGUGCAGAUCUUCUGCAUUUAUUCAGCGAACAAAUCGUGGUUCUACAGGGCGUUGUGCACCGGAGGAGUGGACCCAGACGAUCCGUAUAACCCCGUCGAUAACCCAGAACACGGGUGCAUGAGUUGGUUCAGGGAUUACUUGGCUGCCGCGUUGAACUGCAGACCCGUGAAGGCUGUCAUCAUCCUGAUAUUCGCCUGUUACCUCGCUGGUGCUCUUUACGGUCUGACGACUCUUCAGGAGGGCUUGGAUCGUCGCAAGCUCUCCAAGAACGACUCUUACUCGAUCGCUUUCUACGACCGACAGGACUACUAUUUCCGGGAAUUUCCUUAUAGAAUACAGGUGGUAGUGAGCGGAAAAUAUGAUUACAGCAACCCAGUGAUCCAGGAACAAAUGGAGAACUUAACCAGAUCCCUAGAGGCCAGCAAGUACAUCAGUAGCGCUCCUAUAUACACGGAAAGUUGGCUGAGAAGUUUCCUCAGCUACACCAACAAUAGCGCCACCGACAUAGAAAUCAGGGACGAGAAAACUUUCAUCAACGUGCUUAAAGACGUGUGGCUGUUGCCGAGAAGUAGCUUCUCUCUGGACGUGAAGUUCGACCAAACCGAGGAGCACAUUAUAGCCAGCAGAUUUCUCAUUCAAGCGGUGAACGUCAGUGGGACCAAUCAAGAGAAAGACAUGGUGAAGGAGCUACGUCGGAUUUGCGCCGAGUCUCCGUUGAACGCCAGUGUAUUUCACCCUUAUUUCGUGUUCUUCGACCAGUUCGAGCUAGUCAAACCCACCAGUAUCCAGUGUAUGGUCUUCGGCGCUCUCAUAAUGAUGCUGAUCAGCUUCAUCUUUAUCCCGAAUGUUCUGUGUUGCCUCUGGGUGGCCUUCUGCAUUAUCUCCAUCGAGCUGGGCGUGGCUGGAUACAUGGCUCUGUGGGACGUAAACCUGGACAGCAUAUCCAUGAUCAAUUUGAUCAUGUGCAUAGGCUUCAGCGUGGACUUCACGGCUCACAUCUGCUACGCUUACAUGAGCUCUAAGCAAAAAACGCCGGAGGACAGAGUGAAGGAGAGUCUGUACAGUCUUGGCCUGCCAAUCGUGCAAGGGGCAAUGUCAACGAUUCUCGGCCUGAUCGCCUUGGUCCUGGCUGGAACGUACAUCUUCAUGGUGUUCUUCAAAAUGGUGUUCCUCGUGAUAUUCAUAGGAGCUAUGCAUGGGAUGUUCCUACUCCCCGUUCUACUCUCUUUGUUCGGCCCUUCGUCCUACAAGGACGAGACAGAGUCAGACAAAAAAGACGUGGAGAAGGAUCUGAACUGCAAACUUCAGCAGCCCUAUGUGAUCCCUCAUCCAACGCUGACUUACUAUCACUCUUCUGGCAAUGCCAAGAGCCUCCAGGGCAGUCCCGCGACGAGUCUAGCCGCCUUCGAGGACAGAGAUCCUGGCCUAGGAACCAGCGAAGACAGCAACUCUACGGAAAGCGGUUCUUCUCAAAGCAGACGAAGGGAAGGUCAGCUGGAGCAGGAGAACCAGAGGAGGCACGACGUCUGGAGGAGGUCCAUAGGCGUCCUCUACGGCGUGUCGCAGUUUCAGACAGCUGUGCCAGCAGCUGCACCUCCUCCAGAUUAUUCUGGGACGAGUCGGGAAGGAGCACCGAACGAGCAGGAGCGCCGAGCAGCGAGAACAGUGUCGUACUUGGGACCAUAUCCGUCUCAGAGUCCAGCGAAUCAACUGAACAGGGAUCAUAGGAGAAGUAGAUCUUAUCACAAUCUGCAUCACUCGUCGAGGUACCUGACUGACCCACGUUAACAUUAGGAAUUACAGGAAGGAGUGACAUAUGCACGGCUUGCAGAGGACAGUCCAGUCUCUGUUUUAUGUUUUCUGGGAGAUUUGCCUUGGAUGAUGGCAAUAAAAGUAGGAAUAGAAACGAACAAUUUCUUCUUGGAUAUAUGGUAUAUUUAACGAAGGAAGAGAUCUCUUGAGUCUCUAGAAGAGUAGUUAUUUCAUGGAUACGUUUAACAAAGGAGGAAAUUUUUGGAGAAUUUCAUUUGGAAGUGGUAACAUUAUAGGUUGUAAAUAGGAAUCUCACCAACACAACUGCUUUCUUUAUAUAGGCACAUCAGUAGAGAGAAAAGUAAUAUGUGAAGAGAAGAAAUCUCUUGGGAAGAAGAAAUCACUCUGCAAGUCGUGUGCUUCAUCACGCAAUGGAGAACUCGAGUGAUCAAAAGAAAGACUCGUUUUUCAAGUGUGAGCUCUAAGAGAGGAACUGUAUCGUAGAGAAAUAUAUAUAUAUAUAUGUAUG